AUUAGCGAGAAAAUUGCAGGAAAAAUACACAACAAAACACAAAGCCGUAGGUUAGAGGUGCCUUGUCAUUUACAGCGAGUAAGAUCAAGCCUGCUUGCGGCAGCGCUUCCUGCUGCAUGCAACGAUCAUCGCUCCUUUCAUUUCGAAUCCGCCGCACACUUCGCCUUUUGCCGAAUGUUGGGAUUUUGGAGAGUAAGAAGUAAUUUUAAAAGAAGAUUUGCAGAGUCGCGAUCACGGAGUGUGCGGUGUCAGAUGUGCUGUCUGUCAUGGAGCCCCUCAUCUUCUGCUUUUCCCUCUUUUCCCCCAUUUAAGUGAUAAAAAUGAAAUCUUAAAUUGGUCAUUAUUUCAUAAGUCAACUUAUUUAUUUAUUAAUCAGGCGUGUAAAAAAUACAUUCAAAAUGUGGGAAAAGUUAAAGGGAUGACAAGCGGGCUUGAAAGAAGAACCGAUUGCAGGCCAGGGUUCAUUAUAUAAUGCGACACGGCGGACCUGGGCUCAGUGCAACUGGAACGGCGGUGAUAGCCGGUUGAUCGCGCGCUGCAGAACCGAGAAAGCGUUGGGUAUAAAUUUUGCCCAAAAAAAUUUGUCUUCGCACACGCCAAAAAUAAACACACCCACCAGCACAGUGAAGUUAAUGAAAGUCUGCUUUCCAACGGAGAUGCCUGGCACCGCUCGUUACGGAAAGUGCAACGGCAAAUUUAUUACAGAAAACCUUUUGCAAGAGGUUCAGGAGGACAUGAGAAUCUUCUCAUCUUGAGGCCUGUGCUAGUGAAUCACGCAGAUCAAAACGUGGUUUCCAGGUAUUCUGCAAAGGUUCUGGAUGUUGAUUCCAAACAAUGCCUGACGAAACCAUUUGCUCCAAAAGCUUGUGAACUGCUCUUGUCAAAAAUUUAAAAAGAAUGGCUCAUGGAAUUCCAUCCCAGGGAAAGGUUGCCAUCACAGUGGAUGAGUACAGCUCCAACCCAACACAAGCAUUCACACACUACAAUAUCAACCAGAGUAGAUUCCAGCCACCUCAUGUGCACAUGGUGGACCCUAUCCCAUAUGAUACCCCAAAACCUGCAGGCCACACACGGUUCGUUUGUGUCUCUGACACACAUUCACGGACAGAUGGCAUCCAGAUGCCUUAUGGAGAUGUGCUUCUCCACACUGGAGAUUUAACAGAGCUGGGGCUGCCCUCAGAGGUCAAGAAGUUUAACGACUGGUUAGGAAACCUUCCUUACGAAUUUAAAAUUGUAAUUGCUGGAAAUCAUGAACUGACUUUUGAUAAGGACUUCAUGGCAGACCUGGUAAAGCAGGAUUACUAUCGCUUUCCUUCAGUGUCAAAGUUGAAACCAGAGGACUUUGACAAUGUUCAGUCACUCCUGUCGAACUGUUUAUAUCUACAAGACUCUGAGGUGACAGUCAAAGGAUUUCGAAUAUAUGGGACACCGUGGACACCCUGGUUCAAUGGGUGGGGCUUUAACUUACCUAGAGGUCAGUCACUCUUGGAUAAAUGGAAUCUAAUCCCUGAGGGCAUUGACAUCCUAAUGACCCAUGGACCUCCACUUGGUUUCCGAGACUGGGUCCCGAAGGAACUGCAAAGGGUUGGCUGUGUAGAGCUUUUGAACACAGUGCAGAGGCGAGUGAGGCCUAAACUACAUGUUUUUGGAGGAAUCCAUGAAGGCUAUGGCAUAAUGACGGAUGGUUACACAACAUACAUCAAUGCCUCAACCUGUACAGUCAGCUUUCAGCCAACCAAUCCUCCAAUCAUAUUUGACCUUCCAAACCCUCAAGGAUCCUGAAGCACUAGCUUGUCUCUUGGAGUAGACGAUUCGACUUAUUAGUUUUUCCUAUUUUAAUGAUAAAGUGGAAUAAAUCCCAAGGACCACCUCUUUCCACAGUUAUUUGGACCUUUUUUAAAAUGUCAGUAUAAAAGAUUUACAGGCGACUGUCUAGAGAAAGAGGCUGGGGAAAUAUGUAUGCUGUUAAAGACAGAAUGGCUUCCAUGAAUGAAGCUUUGUGAAUUUGUAAAACAGCCAUAUAUAUAUAUAAAUAUAUAUAUACAGUAUAUAAAUAUAUAAUAUUUUUUUUAUUUUAUUAAUAUUAUUGUUUGAUUUUCAUUUCACAUUUGCCGGAUAAGUUGAUAAAUGCAGUUGUAAUUUGGUUGCCUUCCAUUUACAGGGCUAUUGCAUUUGUUCCCUAGGCAGCAAGCUAACAUCCUUCAAGUAGUUUAACAAAAAACCUGACUUCACCGACUGCUGUCAUACUGUUCUCUUGGUAUAUUGCACAGGAAAACCGUUCAUUUUAUUUGCAAAACGAAGGCUUCAUAUUUAAUUCAAGUUUAAAAGAAAAGCACAGAGUUGGAUUCCAGAAGCUUCAGAUAUCUCAAUGAAUGUAUAACUCUUGUUAUUGUCAGGGCUCAGAGUACCACUACAUUGUUUCUCUAUUUUGUGGACAAACGAAGAUACAUCUGGUUGCAGUCUAUCAGUUGCUUGGCAAAUUUGUGAGAUUACUAAUCCAGCCAAGAUGGUUUCAUUUUUUAUGCAUUUUUUUUUUCCCCUUUGGAGAAAAUUAUGUCAUACCUCAAAGAAAUAUUGUUUCAUUUUUGCAAAUGCAAAAAUCCACAGCUGUUGUUUAAUAUACCUGCUAAGUGAUGGAAGGGGGCUGGGGGGGAAUGAUGAUGUUGUGCUGGGGUGGGGGGCACUUGUUUAGCUUAAAUAGUUUUCUUUUAUACACCUACCUAAACAAGGUUUAGUUGUUCUUUUAAAACUUAAUGUGUUUGUAAUUUUAAUUUUAUAUUUUUUCUAAUUUUUUUGCACUGUGUGUAAAUGCAAUCUUGCUAGCACAAAAAAAUGUUGCCAAUAGUUGUUUAAACAUUGCCACUGUAAAUGCUACUGGGCUUUUUCUGACUUCAGUUACUUUUUUAUUUUUUAAAUUUAGAUUUUUUUUUGUUUUGUUUCUUUAAAUUUA